AUGGAAGGUGGUCCUACAAGAGACCCACCGACGUCGCAAGCCAACAAGGUGGCAGUGCCUGUGCUUAACCUUCCCAAUCAGGAGGGUGAUGUGAUUCCCAAGGGACCGAUACAAGGCCCGGCGUCCGUACCUCGGGGUCUGGCAGGUAUCAAUGCCCGUACACGAGAGAUGGCCACGGCGAAGCUGCCGCCGAGUUUGCGCGCGAAGCUGGAAGAGAAUGCGCGGCGGUCGGCGAAUGCCAUGCCCGGUACGGCGGGCGUGAUGGGCCAUGGAGAUAAGCUCAACUCGGCGAUGCUGAUGCCCAAAGGUCCUAGCAUGCCUGCGACCUCGGCGUCUGCGCGUGCGCAUCCACCUCCGAUGCCACAGGCGGGCGCCCAGCGCGCGCGACCUAACCUGCGUUUGAGUGAUAUGGGUCUGUCGGUGCCGGGGCAGGCAGGAAGUGGACCCAAACGACCGGGUGGACGGCCCAAUUUGAAGUUGGGCAUGAUGCCUGGGGCUCCAGUACCAACGUCGGCUUUCGGCACCUUUAGCGAGAUUGUGUACGUGGCAUUCACUUAUAGCAGGGACCCAUCUGGUCGGCUGAUUUUCGAUGGCAAGGCGGUGCUGCACGCUUCGGGUGUCGAGUUCAAGAAUGGGACAUCUUUCAACAUCAAUAUGGACGAGCUGGAGCUGCUGGAGCCGCUGGGCCAUGGUAAUUACGGCACAGUGACGCGUGUGCGUCACACGCGCACCAGGGUGGAAAUGGCGAUGAAGGAGAUUCGCUUGGAGCUCGACGAGGCGAAGCUAAACGCCAUCAUUAUGGAGCUAGAUAUUCUGCACCGGGCGAUGGCGCCGCAAAUUGUCGAGUUCUACGGUGCCUUUUUCGUCGAAUCCUGCGUGUACUACUGCAUGGAGUUUAUGGACUGCGGCAGUCUCGAUAAGCUGUGUGCGGGACGUCACUGCGUGGUGCCCAACGAGGUGCUGGCGAACAUUGCGCUCAAUACAGUCCAAGGACUGCAGUUCCUCAAGGACGAGCUCCAGAUUAUUCACCGCGACGUCAAGCCGAGCAACAUGCUGAUCAACUCGAGGGGCGAGGUCAAGCUGUGUGACUUUGGUGUGUCCGGGCAGCUGGAGAAGAGCCUGGCCAAGACCAACAUUGGGUGCCAGAGCUACAUGGCCCCUGAGCGCAUCACCGGCCAGGGCCGCAACGUGACUACCUACACGGUCGCGUCAGACGUGUGGUCGCUCGCUAUCUCGCUCGUCGAGAUUGCGUGUGGCUCGUAUCCCUACCCGCCAGAGACUUUCACGAAUGUGUUUGCGCAGUUGCAGGCCAUCGUGGAAGGUGAGCCGCCACAGCUGCCGCAUCCCUCUGCGACGCCCAUCACCAUUACAACGCCGCAGGGCACGAGCAUUGACUUGGAGCUCGGCUCCUGCGAGUACUCGGACGCUGCGCGCGACUUUGUGUCGCAGUGUCUUCGUAAAACACCCGACGACCGCCCCAGCUAUGCAUCCCUGCUCGAGCACGAGUUUGUCGCGCAUGCCAGCCAAGUUGACAUGGCCGCCUGGGUCCAUGAUGCCUACUCACAUCGUCGUCAACUGUCCGACAAGGACGCUGCGGCCCCAGCCUCCCCAUCCUCAUCCGCAUGA